AUGUCAACAGGCCCUACGGUGUCAGAACGGCCUUUGCACGGCCAACAGACGCCGCUGCCAGAGGCUGAUGCUGUUCCAGACGAACCACCCCCUCCGUACGAAGCGAGUCCAGCGACCAAUGCCGAGCAGACGCUCGAGUAUGGACCAACGCGGCCGUUUCAGCCUCCGCCAGGUCCUCCGCCCCGCAGGACUUCGCAAGGAACAUCCCUUCCCCCUCGACCGCCGUCCAUGAGCCCGCCUACGCUUCCUCCGCCUUCUUUUCCCUUCUGGAACGGCUCGACUCUCACUCCGGCACAAACGGGUUUCAGCGAAGGGCCUUACGCAGGCGGACCCACGCCUGGCCCUGCUCCCGGACCCAGCUCCUUCUCCCCUCCGCCCCAUCCUCCGCCCAUGCUGUAUCCGCAAACGACCGGUCCAUACAAUCCGCCACCUGCUUCACCGCCUGAACCACCGCGAGGCUAUCAGCCGACAGAGGCGCCCAUUCCAGGCCAACCGCUCCUGCACGAGGGGAAGCUGCUCGUCUAUCCGCCGGGCAAGGACGUCUGCUGGAAGUGCCGGAAUACAGGCUACAAGCCUUUCGAGCCGUACUCAGGAUACCAAGGCGACGACCCUAGCCAUCCGUGUCGCAAGUGCUGGGCGAAGUACGGCAAACCCUACAGCACUGCUCUCCGCAUCUCCCUCGAGAACCCUACAGCCCCCAUCCCUCCCAACUACCAGCGCCCGCUCCGCCUCAUCUCGACACCUCAAACUCGACCAGUCGCGCCCAACGUGAUCGGCACGACGAGCAGGCCGCACAUGCAGCUGAAUCCAAAUACGAUCGUUGUCAGGCCUGGCGAUCCGAGGAUUGGCGGUGUGCUGUGUCGGAGAUGCGGAGGGGACGGGACGAUGAUGGGUCCGUUCAUCUUUGACGAGGUGACGUGCGACAUGUGCAACGGGGCGGGACGGGUGUUCGUGUGA